AUGGAGACGACGAACAAGAAGAAGAAGAAGAAUCUCCCUCCAGGACCUCCUAAAAUUCUGAUGAUAGGAAAAUUUCUAUUGCGGCGCAAGUCACUCUCAGAGAUGGAAACCAUCCUCAGGGACCUGAUGGUCAAAUACGGCCCUCUCAUUACCCUAAACUUCGGCUUUCGUCUGUCCAUUUUCGUUGGUAGCCGCUCACUUGCUCACCAAACCCUCAUACUGAACGGCGCCGUUUUCUCCGACCGCCCAAAAUCCACGCCCACCCGGAAAAUUUUCAACCGCAACCAGCACAACGUGAGCUCUGCCGCCUACGGCCCCAACUGGCGCCUCCUCCGCCGCAACCUCACCUCAGAGAUCCUCCACCCCUCCCGCAUCAAGUCCUACUCUCACGGCCGUCGAUGGGUCCUUGGUAUGCUAAUUGAUCGCCUCCUCAAAUCUGCCCAAUUGGGAGGAGAGGUAAGGGCGGUCGAUCAUUUCCAGUACGCCAUGUUCUGUCUGCUGGUCUUUAUGUGCUUUGGUGACAAGCUCGACGAAAAUGAAAUCAAACAGAUGGAGACCGUACAACGCCGGUUGCUUUUGAAUUUCGGACGAUUAAACAUUCUCGAUUUCUGGCCUAGCCUCGGAAAGAUUGUGUUCCGUAGACGAUGGAAAGAGCUCUUACAGAUGCGCCAGGAUCAGGAUAACAUACUUAUUCCUGUUAUCAAUGCUCGAAUUAAAGGUGAACAACAGAGACAGAAUGAGGAGCGAAACGUUGAGGAGGGCGUGGUGGCGUACGUGGACACACUGGUGAAUUUGGAGCUGCCGGAAGAGAAGAGAAAGCUUAGCGAGGGAGAGAUGGUGAGCCUGUGCAGUGAGUUUCUUAAUGCCGGCACUGACACCACAUCAACCGCUCUUCAGUGGAUCAUGGCCAAUUUGGUGAAGUACCCUCACUUUCAGACCAACUUAUACGAAGAGAUCAGGAGCGUUGUGGGAGCACCUCCGCCCAGAAAAGGGGAGGGCAGGGGAGAAGAAGAGAUGGUGAACACCAUAGAGGAGAAGGAUCUGCAGAGGAUGCCAUACUUGAAAGCGGUGGUGUUGGAAGGUCUGAGACGUCACCCACCGGGGCAUUUCGUGUUACCCCACACUGUGACGGAGGAGGUGGAGUUGGAUGGGUAUGUGGUGCCCAAGAACGCCACCGUGAAUUUCAUGGUGGCUGAGAUGGGUUGGGACCCAGAGGUGUGGGAUGAUCCCAUGGAGUUCAAGCCCGAGAGAUUUAUGACUUCCACUGCCGCUGGUGAUCACAUGAAGAUUAAUGGAGGGGAAGCGUUCGAUAUUACAGGGACGAGAGAGAUCAAGAUGAUGCCAUUCGGUGCGGGGAGAAGGAGAUGUCCUGCCUCUGAUUUGGCAUUGCUCCACUUAGAAUAUUUCGUGGCCAAUUUGAUUUGGUACUUCGAAUGGACGGCCGUCGAUGUCGAUCUAUCAGAGAGUCAAGAGUUCACCGUGGUCAUGAAAAACCCACUAAAGGCUCACCUCUCUCCCAGAGUCACAUGCUAGUUCACUUCUAAUGAUAUACGACUCACUACCUAUCCAACACGGUCCAAAUAAUCAUGGAUACCCAGUACGACUCAACCGAGUUAUAUUUCAGUCAUCAGUUACCUGCCAAGCCGAUACGCCCACCUUGCUAUCCUACUCAUCAUAAUUUCUUUAGUUGAUUUAUUGUCAAUAGCUUUUCAAAGGUUUCUGAUGCUAUAUAAAUUUUGGGUCUUUUAUGUAAGUCAAAUAACUUGAUCAUGUUUUUCAUACUCCAAUUUAUACUUAGCAUUGACUUGAUGCCGAAUGCACAAAAUAGUGUCAUAUGAUAGAGUUGAAUAGGUAUAAAGAGCCUACUGAAGAU